GGCUUGUGUAACACUCGGGCCGCGUGGCUGCCAGUGGGGACCGGCACCGGCACCGGCACCUGGAGCCCAGCGCAGCCACGCUGCUCCGGGCGGCGCUGAGGAUGCGGCGAGCGCGGGGGAAGCGGAAGGCCGAGGCCACGGAGGUGCCGUGCGUGAAUCGGAGGAGGACGGAGGCAGAGGAGGCGAUACAGGAGGCCCGGCGGAGGGCGGCCCCGUCCGUUCGAGAGUUCAAGUACAACAAAAAGCGGGUUCGCCUUGUCUCGCAGGGCUCGGACCUGAAGGAUGAUGCUCGGUGCAUCCUUUACUGGAUGUGCCGGGAUCAGCGAGUGCAAGAUAAUUGGGCUUUCCUCUACGCCCAGCGCCUGGCCCUCAAACAGGAGCUGCCUCUGCACGUCUGCUUCUGCUUGGUGCCCAAAUUUCUGGAGGCCACCAUCCGCCACUACAGGUUCAUGCUGAGGGGCCUGCAGGAGGUAGCAGAGGAGUGUGCAGAGCUGAACAUCUCCUUCCACUUGCUGCUGGGCUAUGCCAAGGAUGUGCUGCCCGCGUUUGUGACGGAGCAUGGCGUGGGUGGGCUGGUGACAGACUUCAGUCCCCUCCGCCUCCCCCGGCAGUGGGUAGAGGACGUCAGGGAACGCUUGCCAGAGGAUGUGCCGUUUGCACAGGUUGAUGCCCACAACAUCGUGCCCUGCUGGGUUGCCUCCCCCAAGCAGGAGUACAGCGCCAGGACCAUCCGGGGCAAGAUCCAUGCUCAGCUUCCCGAGUUCCUCACUGAGUUUCCCCCUGUUGUUCGUCACCCGCAUCCGCCCUCCUGCCCAGCAGAGCCCAUUGCUUGGGAGGCCUGUUAUUCCAGCUUGCAGGUGGACCACACCGUGAAGGAGGUGGAGUGGGCAACCCCUGGCACAGCUGCAGGGAUGGCUGUGCUCAAGUCCUUCAUUGCAGAGCGACUGAAAUCCUUCAGCAGCCACAGGAAUGAUCCCAACAAGGCGGCUCUCAGCAACCUCUCCCCAUGGCUUCACUUCGGCCAGGUUUCCACCCAAAGAGCCAUCCUGGAGGUGCAGAAGCAGCGGCGCAGUUACAAGGACUCGGUGGAUGCGUUCGUGGAGGAGGCUGUGGUGCGGCGGGAGCUGGCUGAAAACUUCUGCUACUACAAUGAGAACUACGACAGUGUGCAGGGUGCCUAUGACUGGGCACAAACCACCCUGAAGGUCCAUGCCAAAGACAAGAGGCCUUAUCUGUACAGUCUGCAGGAGCUGGAGCAGGGGACCACACAUGACCCACUCUGGAACGCCGCCCAGCUGCAGAUGGUCCGGGAGGGCAAGAUGCACGGCUUCCUGCGGAUGUACUGGGCCAAGAAGAUCCUGGAGUGGACGCGCUCCCCUGAGGAGGCCCUGCAGUUUGCCAUCUACCUCAACGACCGCUACGAGCUGGACGGGAGGGACCCCAAUGGAUACGUAGGCUGCCUGUGGUCCAUCUGUGGCAUUCACGACCAGGGCUGGGCGGAGCGGCCGGUCUUCGGCAAGAUUCGCUACAUGAACUACGCCGGCUGCAAGCGCAAGUUUGACGUGGAGCAGUUUGAGCGUCGCUACAGCCCCACACACUCCCAGCUGUGACACCCUCUGGGCUGGGCAGAUGUGCCUUGGCCCAGCUGCCAGCUUGCAGGGGUCACCCUGGGAUAUCAAAGGGCUCCCUGUAGCAGCAGCAAGCUCCAGGGUUUUGCAGGUCUUUGCCAUCACCCACUGCUCAAGUUGUCACACUGGGGCAGCUGCUGGAGCCCUUCUACUGGCACAAGGUUGCUGGCAGCUGUGAGAGCCUAUCCUCAGCAUUCCUGUGCCUGCUAGAAACCUUUCUACAACCAAGGCCUCAGGAGUAGCCCGAGUCAUCAUUGCUGCUGGUAACCACAGCUGAGAUUUGGGUUGAGCAGGGUGUUUCUAGGGAAAAGCUCCCAGGAAGAGGCUCUUUGUGGAACCAAUGCUGGACUCUCAUUUUUUAAGUUUUAAAGUUUACAGUUUUUAUAACCUGUGUUGAUGGUGUUUAUGGGGAGGUGCACAACACUGCUGUGAAGGGAGAGCUGGGUGGCCUGGAAUAGGGAUGCAAGCAUGGACAGGGCAGCCAAGGCCAGGCCCCUGGGCCCCUCUGCCAGCAGCAAAAGCAGGCUCUGGAAGGGGACAGACAUUACAGAGAGCCCCUCACUCAGUGCCUUGCACCUCCUGCCCUGAAUCCAGUGGGCAGUUUGCAGGGGCAGGCCACAAACCAAAUUAAUUAGUCAAGGGGUAGUGACAAUAACCCCCUCCCAGUGACUGCAUCACCAGCUACAUGAGCUGUCCCUUCCAUUGUUCAGCAGCACUCCCUGCCUGCCCCAUCACCUCCAGGUGGAAUACACACCUUUACCCCACCUGAAACAACGUGACAACACAACCAGACUCCUUAUUAACGUCGUUUAUUAAGGACGGCAUUUAAUUGCUGUGCUGUGCAAUAACAAUCCCGUUGUGAGGGCUCCAGUUGAGGGCCAGGGCAGCCCCCAGAG